UACAAGCUCGGGAUCCAUCCAACUCCAUCACACACACAUAUCUUCUCUCUCUGGCUCCUUCUUUCUUUCUCUCUCUCUCUCUCACACAUGCACAGGCACGCGCGUACACACAUAAAGUGUACAGUAAUUCAACCGUUAAAAUAUGCAUGAAUACAUCCUCCUGACAAAACUCUCUGCUCUCCGAAUCCUCCCUCCAUCUCUCUCUGUCUUCUGUCUCUCCCCUCCAAAGGAAGGGUAUCUUCAAGGCCCACCACUCUAAAGACAGGGGAGGCAAACAACUGCGUCAUCGCGGCCGGCAGGGUAGGAGAUGGCGAUAUCAGCUCAAUUAUCGCCGUUCACGUUUGGUGCAAGAUUGCGCGCGUGCCCAGAGCGCUCCAAACAUAUUGAUCUCACGACUUCACAGUGUUGUGCCUGCUGCUAGUGGGGGGAGAGGGGAGGGACACGGGUGUGAGGAGGGAGGGAGCUCGGAGGCCACAGCAGCCACUGUCCCUUUUACAAGCUGAGUUUAUAGUUUUAUGAUCCGCACUGACAGCCAUACUUUAGUGGCACUUGUUUCUCGGGACAAGCCAGCCAGGCUGGCCUGUGGCGUCAUGCCAGCGCUCAGGAUGGCCUCCCUGGUGACACCCAGUCACGUGGCCAGGUGGCAGCCAAUGAGAGUGUGAAGAGACGUUCUGCGAACGCCGCAAAGUUGCUGCCAGCCCCCGGUGCGACGAAAGGUCAAAGCCAGAAGCCAGAUGAGAGCUGGUCAACAUCAAGCACCACACCGGCUCUCUGCUGCAACUUAUGGCGACAACAAACUUUACUGGAGUUCUCGCUCUGCUGGUGGCAUUGUUCCAGACUUCACAAGGAAGCAGGUACGUGGGUUGCUACGAGGAAGACAGAAAAAACAGGUGGUUCUCCUUCAACCCGGGCGACUAUGACCCCGAGAGCCUGACCCCGCAGCUCUGUGCCGCCAAGUGCGGCCUCUACAAGAAAAACUACGUGGCGCUGGCAUUUGGCAGGUUUUGCUUCUGCGCGGAUACACUUCCGGCGACGAACGUGUCCAGCAACAGCCAACUGUCAAAGUCUGUGCUCGGGGGAUAGCGGGACGAAAUGUGGGGGCAUCGGGUACGUCAGCGUCUACUCCGCCUCUCAGCCAAUCACAGGCCUCAGUCUCACGAGCGACAAACAGGACGUCAUAGGGACAGGUGAUCUUGUGACCUUUAGCGUCAGCAUCACUUCCGGUUACGACGUGUACUACCAGAUGGACUACGACGACGGAGCUGGUUUCUCUCAGAAGAACGCCACCGGCUUCGAUACCCAGACCUUCCACGUGCCGGGUGUCUACAGCGUCAUGGUGGACGCCAACGACUUUAACGACACAUUGCUGACGGCCAAUGCCGUUACCACGGUGACGGUGCACGCGCCUGUCGCUGACGUGGAUGUCGAGUGCGAUGCAAUCUUUGCCACGGACGAGGAAGGAGUCUGUUAUGUCACCGUCUGGCAGGGCACUGACCUGAACCUCACUGUCCAGGUGCAACCUUCUCUGAUGAGACCUUCAGCAUUGCAGACCCAGCGAUACACCGGGUGGGCGCCGCGAUUCCAACAAAGAACUCUUACCUCUCGCGCACCUACACUGGCACCGUGCUUGCACCCACUGCACUAGUGGAGUGGGCUGGACGGGUGGUCGGCUGGGAGAUGGCCGUCGAGACACCGGGUACAUUCAAAGUUUUGAUUAUAUCCCCGUCGUGCGGUGGUUCGUACUGUCUGAGGACCAACAAGUGCGGCGCCUCGUGCGUGGGGUCCAGCGUGUCCUGCACCACCACCGCCUUCUGUCCUCGUCGGAGGCUGUGCGACGACGGCGUCUGUACCUCCGCCAACCGCUUCAACGUCACCGGCCCGCUGAUACCAUCCUACGUAGUCAAGCAAAUAGUCAAUGUGGUGGCGACCUCUGUCGGCUACCAGUACAUCGGCGAGUCUACCCUUGUUUCCGUGGCUCCAGGUGACAUUCUUGGGGUAGAUGUGACCAACUCUGCACCCGCUAAGCUUUAUUGGUUCGAUGUGUCAGCUGAUCUGACUAACUUCAAAGUUUCAGGAACGUACUCAACAGGAAGUACGAUAACCAGCGGCAGUUCCUCCACAGGGCCUGGAGAUAACAUCGCUUUGAGGGCAGUAGUUUCUGAAGGGUCAAAAGUCUACUUACCUCGCGUGUUCAGUACCGAGGAUACCUACAUCCUGACGGUUACAGCAACCAAUAAGAGGCUGGCAGGGAUUCCCAGCGCCGUCAACUCCACCACCAUCUACGUCCUGCAAGGCGUCAACUUCACCAUCAUCGAUGCCCCAGACUUCGCCAAAACAAACACUCCUGUCAUCUUAACCAUCGAGCCUCACACAGGUGCGCAGGCCUUUUACAACUGGUCCAUCUCCGACGGGUUCGUCUUGGACUCCUGCAGCAACCGGAGCAUCACCCACGUGUUCACCACUCCCGGGGUGUACAACAUCACCGCCGCCACCUUCAACUCCGUCAGCUUCAAGACCAACAGCACCACCAUCAUCAUAGAGGACGAGUUGCUGGGACUGAACUUGACCUCGCCCACAGCGGUGUCCGGCGAGACACACAGCCUGAGUAUGACACUAACUGGAGGAUCAAAUUACACCUGCCUGUGGAAUUUCGGCGACGGCACAGCGACCAAUACUAGCGACCCCGUGUCCACACCUGUGGGGACCACGUCUUACCUGCACACCUUCCCCGCACCUAACGUCUACAUCGUCAACGUCACGUGCACCAACCUGGUCAGCGCCCUGUCGGUCAGCCUGGUGCAGAGAGUUCAGGAGCGGAUCACGGGGUUAAGGUUGACGAGGGAGGGGCAGGACACCAUGCUGGAGGUCAUCGUGCCCUGGACGCUAGCCACAGGCUCUCACGUGACCUGGGUGUGUCUGCUGGACGGGGUAGCCAUGGGGGUGGACUCCGCUGCCUCCAACGUCCCGCUGAAGCUGUGGCAGUCGGUCAGCAUGGGGAAGAAGCCUGGGGGUGCGAAGAUUGUCAACAUCACCGCCUCCAACGAAGUCAGCAACCUCACCCUGUCCACUACCUACCUGCUGGUGACCAAGAUCGUCGGCCCAAGGGCUACCGCCAGCACGAACAAAACGACCACCGGAAAUGACAUCAUCUACACUGUCGGCGUCAGCACAGGUUCUGAUGUUGUCGUCAUUGUUAACUACAACGAUGGGAGCGUGGAUAACAAAACUUACUCAGGUGACCAGGGAUUCUCUGACACCUUCAAGCACAACUUCUUCAACGGGGGCUUGUACGUCGUCAACGUGACGAUUCAGAACCCUGCUGACACCUACACCUUUGAGUUACCUGUGUUGGUGGCACAAGGUGUGUCGGACAUUCGGAUGGUGUGCGAGGACUACGCCCUGUACGCUCCUCCUGCCUACGUCAACGUCUUGUUCGAGGUUCCCCCCAACCGCUCGGCGCCCUCGCUACCCAAGCUCAUCCUGGACUUCGGGGACGGCGAGGGUCCCAGUGAGUCUCCGCUGGUCCUCGGCAAGAACUACACUCGACGGUUCGACGACACCAACCGCUACACGGUCUUUGCUACCGUCUACAACGACCUGGACGGCAAGAACUUUACCAAGGACGUGGUGAUCGUGGAGAAGCUCGUUGACCCCGUCAUCGUCCCCGACUUCCCCAAGGCGCCCGUCAACAAAGCCUUGAAUGUGACUUUCUUCCUUUUCCGCGGCCCCAGCGCCCCCCUGGCCAACCUCACCUGGGACUUCGGUGACGGGCUGGGGAGUCAGGUCUUCGGAAGGACAGGGAGUGGUAUGAACGGCUCCGAUGUGCGGUCAGUGACCUACACGUCCAUUGGCACCAAAACUAUAACCGUCACGGCCACCACGCCGCUGGAGACUGUGUCCAGGAGCCUGACCCUUGAAGUCAUCUACCCUGUCCUUCAGACCGACAUCACCAUCACCGCCAACCCACUAGCAAGCGACUUCAACAGUCCCACAACUUUCACAGUCACCUGGAAUGGAGCAGCAGGUCAAGAGCCAAAGAAUGUCAGCAUCUAUGUCACCUACGGCGACGGCCAAGUUGAAACCAUAACCUUCAACAUCGCAGGUCCCGGAAGUCAGAUUUCUCUCAGUCACACAUUUGUCACAGACGGCGCCUUUGCCACCAACAUCACCGUGGUCAACCCAGCAUCUGCUGUCUCCUUUAUUUCUUCCGUUGGGUCAUUUAAAAACUUUCUCAACCCGACUGUCAGCAUGUGUUACAAGCCAGACAUCCCCGUCAAUGAAUUAUGCAGAAACGGCGUCAACAACGCUGGUCAGCAGUAUCCCCUCGACAAGGACAUCACCUUCCUCGUCUACACCUCCAACAAUGCUACUGCAUUGUGGUACGAGAUCACCGCCACUCAGGGUGUGACGACACACGUGUGCAACCGAACUACCAACCCCUUCAUCCUGACAGAACUCAAUCAGACAGGCAACUGGAGUAUCACAGUCAAGGCGGUGAACCCGUUGUACCAGGCGACCAUUCCGACGAAAAUGACGAUCGUCCAGUUUGUUGAGGGUUUUAACAUAACCCAUGACCCCAAUCAGAAACGAGGCAAUGUACCAAAGAGGUUCAACAUUUCUUUCACAUCAGUUGGCACCAGCACCUGCCUGUCUGUUGAUUUCGGGGAUGGCAAUAAGGAGUUUUACGCCGACAUAGACAGCAGUUGCAGCUUGUUUGGCGCCUCAGUUGUGCCCAAUGGGAGACUGGGCACCUUCAUCGAGCACACCUACAUACAAGAGAAAACCUUUACUGUCAAGGCCGAGGCCAGGAACCCCGUGUCCAGUGUCACCUCGGAAGUGUCCUUCGAGAUCACUGGAAUGAACUGCUCUCAGCCACAGGUUCGAAUCGACAAUGCUACCAGAGACUUCCGAGACCCGAUUCUUUUCAAGAAAGGUGACUUCAAGAACCUGCGGGGGAUCCCCGUGAUUACGUGCACGGUGACCUACGACAACGUCAAGGAGUGGAGGAUCGAGACCAUCAACCCCAACAACGGAACGUCCUCGGGGUUGGUUUCGUUGCCGGGUGUAAGACUCGACACAGCCGACCUCACCAUUGGGCGCUGGCAGCUGGAGUGGGACACCUUGUACAAGGCCACGUUCAUCAUGUCGAUGAACAGUACAGACCCCAGGUUAAAAUUUAUGGCCUCGGACUACAGUUAUUUCAAGAUCAUCAGGUCCGAUCUCGUGGGUCUCGUUGUUUAUGGAGGAGCCAGCGAGAUCGUCAGAGGAUCCGCCAGCGGGAACCUGGAACUGCGGCCCUUGAAGUACUCUUACGAUCCUGAUGUACAAAACAAUGAUCCAGCAUUGUCUAAUCUUGUUAUCGAAUCGUGGAUUUGCCGCGAAAGAGGAAAACCAACUAUCAUUCUGGCUGAGUGCACGCAGCUGGAGGACGCUGCCAUGAAGGACCCCAAGAGAGAACUCGCGUCUUUCCCAAUGGCCAGCCUCACCGUCAACAAAACCUACAAUGUGACUGUCUUCCUCACUAAAGACACCCGGCGGGUGGCUGCCUCCGUGGAAAUCACCGUCACACCCGGAGAUCCCCCACAAAUCAUUAUCUUCUGUGCGGCGGGUAGCGUGUGUUACCAGCAGACCAACGGGUACCUGGUCCUGGAGUCCGAGCGCCUCAGCCUCGAUGUGGAGUGCGCCAACUGCGCCAACGACUCCCUCACCUACUCCUGGAACAUCUCCGUCUCCGACUACCGGUGGCCCAACUCGUGGCGCCCCCUGCAGCUCAAGGACAUGGGCAACACCGUGGGAGUUUAUGGAUUCCAGUCCAAACAGUUCGCCAUCCUGCCCAGCCUGUACCAGGCCUACCGACCCGCCAUCGUGUUCAAAGCCGAGUGCUUCGUGUCCCGCGGGGGUCAGACGGGGUGGGCGUCCACCGUGCUGACCCUCAACACCCCGCCCUCGGGGGGCAGGUGCUCCGUGUGGCCGAAGAACGCCACGGUGUCCACCGAAAAGAUCUUCACCAUCAACUGCACUGGCUGGAGGGACAAGGAGACUAGAGUCGAUCUCUACACCUUCUUCACGACGUACGACCCAACGAUGGUGAGGGUUCAGAUCACCUCCAUGCAGCCCACGGAGUCGGAUGGCAGUGUCGUUGCCCAGGUGACGCUGGCCCAGGGUCUGAGCCAAAGGAACUACAGCAACACCGUCAACGUCUGCGUGCGCGACACCAUGGGUGCACAGAACUGCACGGAGAUCGAGACCAUCCAGGUAUAUCCGGUACCCGUGGCAGAAGCGCGGGCACUAGUCAGCCUGCUCCUCACCACGAACACAAACCCUCUCACCAAGGUGAUCCAGGAGGGCGACUCCAUCAGCGCCUCUCUCUUCAUCAACACCAUCGCCACGGUGAUCAACUCGGACAGUAAGAGGAGCAGAACAGAAUUCCAGAGUCAAGGAAUUUCCAGCAUGCAAACUGCCUCUGGUCUCAGCAGUUAUGAUGCAGACAGAACCAAGGCAUUCCAACAGGCAACUAAUGAUUCAGUGGAAGCGAAAGCUGAAAUGGAGGCACUGAGAGACAAUCGAGCUCAGUUGCGAGAGAUGGCAGCAGUCAACAUGCUUUCACUACCCCGCAACUCCCCGCGUGUCGUCAAGGAGGUGUUGUCUGCACUCGAUGGUCUGGCCAAGUACCCGGAUGAAAUAACGUCCGACUUCCAGGGGACAGUGCUUAGCGGACUGAACGACAUGGCGAGCCAGGUGGACAUCGGGCCCGAGGUGCCUCGCGAGGAGAAGAUGCAGAUACUGUCCUACAUGCUCUCCGUCGCCUCUUCCGUCUCUGAUGGCGUGGGGCUGAGCGGCCUGUUCCCCACCAACACUGCCAGGAACAAUGCCAGAAAGUCAGAGGAGUUCAAAGACUACGAUUCCGAAAAUACAGCGCCAUCAGAUGAUUGUUUGCUGUCCGUGCAGUAUCCCAGAACUCUGGAGGAGGCGGACGUGUACUGGAGUUCUGUCACCAGCUGCCAGGCUCAGAAAAAGAAGGCCCAGGAGAUGGAGAGACAGGUGAAUGAAAUUCGGAACAAGGUGAUUCUGAGUUUCUCCAACAACUCCAUCCCUGGAGAAAGCCAAACCUUUGCUUCUGAUCGCUCCAUCACCACGUUGAACAAAACUGAGGCAGGCAAACUCUUCGGGGAAACACAAAGGGUGGGUAACUCCACGGCGAAUGUGAAGUUCCCGUCCCUGGGUAACCUCUUCCCUAACAACUCUGUCGGCGAGAACGACACGUUUGUUUGUGCGAUAUCAGAAAACACUUUCCUCCCUGACUCGUACUCUGAGGGGGCCAAGGACAUCCGUGAUGCCAAGACUCGUUUCGUGACCAUCAGCCUGUAUGACAAGAACAACAAGCCAAUCACAGUCGACAACCUGAAGGAGCCAAUCAAAGUGACCAUACCUCGUGACCCCAACAUCCCUCGCAUAUCUGCUGCCAAUGUCGACCCCAAGCUGGCUUACUGGAACGCGUUUCAAUACCACAAGACCAACAUCACCAAAAAUUUCUCGUCCCUGCACUGGGAGAUCUGCAUCAACAGGACCGACCUCCAGAUGGUGGUCGUCGUCAGCCUCGGGGCUCUGCCGGACAUCAAGAACCAGACUUGCUCCGCCGCAUACCUUGUCCCUCCCAGAAUGGAUGUCCCAACCAUCGACCGCCCCUUUUGCACCAGAGGGAUGCUGGACAACCUGCAAGUAAACAACUUCAAAGGCACCGCCUACCUGGGCGUGAGGCAGCUGAAGGAGAGCGAACACGACCUGAACGUGACUGACUGCCGCGCUCUGCCCAGGUGGGAGGCAGGUGCAAACGAGACCGAGUUCACCACCACCUACAGCCUCAAGAUCUACACGUCCAGCUGCCUGGCCAAGAACGAGGCCAGCAACACCAGUGACUGGAGCGCCUACGGACUGAGGGUGAGUCCUGAGACGGACGAGAACAAAACGGUUUGUCUAGCCACGCACAUGACAACGUUCGCUGGAGGCUGGGUUGUGGUUCCAAACACCAUCGACUGGAACUUCGUCUUCAGUAACAUGGACUUCUACAAGAACCCGACUCUUUACAUCACAGAAAUCGUCAUCGCCCUCGUCUACAUCCUCGCCGUUGUCUGGGCCCGUCGAAAGGACAAGAAAGAUCUGGAAAAGUUGGGCAUCGCACCUCUGAUGGACAACGACGCUGCAGAUAACUAUUAUUAUGAGAUUGUCACAGUCACGGGCAUGCGCAAGAACGCCGGAACUGACUCCAAGGUGUUCUUCAUCCUGUCAGGUGAGGAGGAUGAGACAGACGUACGACAGUUCAGUGACAGCAAAAGGAAGAUCUUCCGCCGCGGGGACACCAACGGGUUCCUCAUGGCAGUUCCUCGGCCGCUAGGCUACCUGAACUAUGCCCGUGUGUGGCACGACAACUCCGGUAAAGGUAAUUUCGGCAGCUGGUAUCUCAACUACAUGAUCGUCCGGGAUGUGCAGACGGAUCAGAAGUGGGUCUUCAUCGCCGACAAGUGGUUCGCUGUGGAAGAGGAUGAUGGCCAGGUGGACCGCAUCAUUCCCGCUGCCACGCACGAGCAGAUGACGCAGUUCGGUCACGUGUUCGCGGAGCGGACGCGGCGCGACCUGGCGGACGGUCACCUGUGGUUCUCGGUGCUGGCGCGGCCUCCGCAGUCUCGCUUCACGUGCGUUCAGCGCGUGUCCUGCUGCCUGUGUCUGCUGUACGCCACCAUGUUGGCCAACGCCAUGUUCUACAGGACCUCCUCCAAGAGCUCGGAGACGUCGAGUGGCUUCAGCGUGGGACCUUUCACCCUCACACCUGAACAGGUCUUCAUCGGCGUCGUCAGCAACCUCAUCGUGUUUCCUGUCAACUUCCUCGUCGUUUACCUCUUCCGCAAAGCCCGGCCACGCCGAAAGAGGCCCUCGCGUGUCGACGAGGCCAUCAAGCACGCCUACGACAACCGCCAGGAAGCUUCUAUCGUUGACGUCAAGCCGGAGGUCGGGAGCAUCUUUACCAUGAGCCGCGGGGCCACAAUGAUUGACGAGCCCAGACGUCCUGACUCUGCAGCCUCCCGCCCUGGUACCUCCAUGUCUGCACGUGCUGACCCCAGCCUGCCCACGAAGAAGAAAAGCAAGAGCCUGCCCUGGUGGUGUCGGAUCUUGGCGUGGGUCGUGCUGUGGGUCGCCACCAUCGUCUCGGCCGCCUUUGUCACCUUCUACGGCAUCAGCUUCUCGGAAGACGCUUGCCGCAAGUGGAUCACCUCUCUGCUCAUCUCCUUCUUCAUGUCUGUCCUCGUCACACAGCCCAUAAAGGUUUUCCUGAUGGCUAUCUUCAUGUCACUCAUCAUCAAAAACCCAGGCGACGAUGAAGAUGAAGAGGAAAUAGACGAGGAGACAACCAAGCUGGCGAGCGAUGAGAUUCCCUUGCACCCCAUGAACAGCGAAAGCUAUGGCGCGGCGAGGCCGCGGAAGAUCGGCUACAAGCCGCCAGACCGACGCGAACUGGAGGCGGCUCGCGACCGCCGCAUGAAGGAAAUUCAGAUGUGGUCCGUGGUGAGGGAAGUAAUCAUCUACUCUUUCUUCCUCUGGAUCCUCAUGCUCAUCAGCUACCGCACCAGCAACUCCAACACCUUCCUGUACAAGGACACGAUGGAGCGCAUCUUCAUCACCAACGUUGACACCGACGUUGACUUCAGCUCGAUCAAAAACGCUGACGAUUUCUGGAACUGGACGCAGUCAGGGCUUGUGAACGGGAUCCGAGCCGGCCCCUACUACAACAACUACCCGCCUCUCCUGCUGCGCGGCUACGUCAACGACAAAGUCUCCAAAAUCUUAGGUUACGCCGUCAUGAGGCAGCUGAGGGUCCGCCCCAAUUUGUGCGAACUGGACGAUCGAAUGAUGGAAGUCAUCAGGGAGUGCAACAUCGGCUAUGAAAUACUGAAGCAGGAGGAGGCAGACUUCGAUGUGGGUUGGCAGCCCAAGACCUCCAGCAGCAGCUCCAACAGCACCGAGUCCUGGUACCAUUACACCCCAGCCUCCGAUAUUAACGGCUACCCGUACUACGGAAAGCUGGCUAUUUACUCGGGUGGCGGGUAUUUAGCCCCUCUCAAGGGCUCCAAGGAUGAACUCAAGACCUUCAUGAAGAAGCUUGAAAAUGAGAAAUGGAUUGAUCGCUACACCAGAGCGGUGUUCGUAGAAUUCACCACCUACAAUGCACAGGUGAACCUGUUUGGAAUAGCCACGAUUUUGGCAGAAUUCCACGCAACAGGCGGCGCUGUGACCAGCUACCGGCUGGAGCCGGCCAUGUUGCUGCCCUACAUGUCGUCCGCCAUGCUGUUCCAGCUCGUCUGUGAAGGUGUCUUCUGCCUUUUCAUCCUCUUCUUCGCCGUCAACCUCAUCCGAGCGUUCAUCAAGGAGAAGCUAGCCUUCUUCACAGGCUUCUGGAACCUGGUGGAGCUGGGCAUCGUGUGCAUGUCUCUGACAGCCAUCGUCAUCUACUUCUAUCGGCUGAUCGAGACCAACAAGCUGACGGCCCGGUUCAAGGAGACCCAAGGCCUGGACUACAUCAAGUUUCAGUACGUGGGCUACUGGAAUGAGCUGUUCACCUACAUGGUGGGCUGGACGGUCUUCUUCGCCACGCUCAAGUUCCUCCGACUGCUCCGCUUCAACCGCCGAAUGUCCAUGCUGGCCUCCACGCUGAGGAUGGGGAGAAAGAGCAUGCUGCACUUCGGCAUCAUCUUCGGCAUCGUCUUCCUGGCCUUCUCUCAGCUCUUCUUCCUCAACUACAUGACCGUCGACAUUCAGUACUCCACUUUUGUCGGCUCCGUCGUCAGCGGAAUCCUCAUGAUGAUGGGCAAGUACGACAUCUACACCCUCAUCAUGGCCGAGCCCGUCUGGUCGCAGAUCUUCGUGAUUCUCUUCGUGGUCUCGGUGGCCUUCAUCCUGGCCAACAUGUUCGUUACUAUCCUGGAGGAGACGUUCGGAGCGGUUCGUGACGACAUCCAGAAGCAGAGCAACGACUAUGAGAUCGUCGACUUCAUGUUGUCGCGCUUCAAGCAGUGGACCGGCCUGGCCUCCAACAGGCCCACCACCCUGACCCCGGACGACCUGAAUGAAAUGCGUCACCGCCAGUACGCCAAAGAGGGAGCUCUAGCGGGAGGCGACUCUAACGUGGACAACUUCCCGAGGCGCAUCGACCGUCUGCUGAACUCCAUCUCCAAUGUGUACAUGAGCGACCAGGAGUCGCUUGGCGCGCUGCUCGACAAGAAGACCUUCCGGGGCAGCUCGGUGGCGCCCUCUGGCACGACCUUUGUGCGGUCCGGUGCCUUGCCUGACCCCGGGGCACCACCAGGUGGAGCGAAGCCUCGAUCUGGGAGCCUGGCUAAGGUGCACACCCACUGAGCUGCCAAUGAAUCCUGCAAGCCACUCCUGAGCCAGUCAAGCGGAUCUUACAUGUCCCGCGCUUCUGGACAGUGGAAGAUGCUGUCCCUGUACACUAAUAAAUGCUGAGGACUGUUCAACACUGAAUACUACUGGAUCCUGUCAGAUGCACACUGAACACUGCUUACCAUUGAACACUUUACUGGACACUAAUUGACUCUGACACUGCUAAUCACUUGACCGUUAACUGGACACUGCAUACUGCUCCUCUCUCUCUUAAGCAAGGGUGGGGAACUGCGGUCCGCUAAAUAAUUUUAUUCGGCCCGGCCAAGGCAGCAAGUUUAGGAAGUCUAUGAACUUUUUCAUAGUAACAUAAAUUUAUAUUAAGGUAAACAUAAUUAAAACGUAAAGUUUGAUGGGCAAGAAAGGAACAUCUAUUAUGGGAUAGACAGGACACAUUUGAGUACAGACACCGGUGUUUCUAGUCGGGUGUCCACGCCCGAUAUGGACGACAUUGGAGAAUUAUGGAUGUAUUUUCACUGCACAACCACAAACAGAAAACUGUGCUUUAGGAAAGAAAGAUUUUGUUAUUAUAUACUCUGUUUCCUCUGGGCACUUUCUAAUUAUAAACGCGUAUUGACAGACUCCAAACAGUUGUUUCGAUGUAAUUUUCAUUUGAGUAGAGCAUUUUUUUAUCACACAUAAUUACAAAAGUCAGAUUGUGGUGAUUCAGAGGACAGCAGUGCCAGGCAGGGUGGGAUUGUAUACGUUAUAGAAGUCUUAGCACACUAUGACAAAACUACAGAAAUAUAACCAAACGUAGCAGGAUAAUAUUUAAGUAAUUUUGUAUGGUCUACUAAUGAUAUUAUAAAUAUAAAAAUAUCCCUUUGAUGAAGAAAGGUUCCCCACCCCUGCUCUAAGGACACAUAAUUCUGCAUGGCUCUCUUCUCUGCCUACUAACAGACAUUUUAACGGACACAGCAGGACCCUUCGACUACUGGACUCAGAUUGUCAAAGACCCAAGGACAGCUUCUCUUGUUAUUGUAGGCGCGGUUCUUACACAGUGGAUUGACAUAGAUGUAUAAAUAAAAAUUAGAUAAAGUAGACUCA